CGGGCGCGGCCGGGAGUUUCCCACAAUGCCCCGCUGCAGUGCGGCCGCCGAUGGAUGCUGCGCGGUCGCGCUGCCAUUUGCAGCCACCGCGGCUCGCAGCGCGCCCCGCGGCCCCGGGAGCAGCGGCCUCCCGGCCACCGCCGCCCCCCAGCGCCUGCAGCCGCUGGCCACCCCCCGUCUGCCCCCUCCAACCCCUCCUCUUUCUUGGCCCUUGUGCCCCACCGCAAUGAAUCCCCCUGCUGCAGCCGGUGGGGAGGAGACGGGGGCGGCGGGUGGCAGCGGCUGCCGGGGGGCUGAGGGUGGUGGGGAGCCGGCGGGUGCCGCCGGGGUCCCGGAGGAUCCGGGGCUGUCUGCAGCGGAGGAGUCGCUGGAGGAGAAGCUGCGGAGCCUCACCUUCAGGAAGCAGGUGUCCUACAGGAAAGCAAUCUCAAGGUCAGGCCUCCAGCACUUGGCUCCUGUGCAUUCUGUCAACAUUGCAGUCUCCAAUGGACCUGUGAAGGAACCAAGGGCGGCCUUAGAGUGGACUGAAAAUGCUGUGAACGGAGAGCAUCUGUGGCUGGAGACAAAUGUUUCUGGGGACCUUUGCUACCUGGGAGAGGAAAGCUGCCAAGUAAAAUUCUCAAAAUCUGCUCUGCGGAGGAAGUGUGCUGCCUGCAAGAUUGUGGUCCACAAUGCGUGCAUGGAGCAGUUAGAGAAGAUUAAUUUUCGCUGCAAACCGACUUUCCGAGAAGGUGGCUCCAGAUCUCCAAGAGAAAACUUUGUCCGACAUCACUGGGUGCACAGGCGGAGGCAGGAGGGGAAAUGUAAGCAGUGUGGAAAGGGCUUUCAGCAGAAAUUCUCCUUUCAUAGUAAAGAGAUUGUGGCCAUCAGUUGUUCCUGGUGCAAGCUGGCGUUUCAUAAUAAAGUCACCUGUUUCAUGCUGCAUCACAUUGAAGAACCAUGUUCCCUGGGGGCUCAUGCUGCUGUCAUUGUGCCUCCCACUUGGAUCAUUAAGGUGAAGAAACCUCAGGUGGUCUCCAUACCAGGAGACGAGCCUGAUUGGGCAGGAGACUGGAGCCCCGAAGGGGAAACGGGCGUCUCCUACCCCUAUUGGGAGGGUUGGCAGAACUCAUUAAAGAAUUCAACACGGCGGAAGAAGAGGACAUCUUUUAAAAGAAAAGCUAGCAAAAGAGGCAAUGAAGAUAACAAAGGUCGGCCAUUUGUGAUAAAGCCUAUAUCCUCUCCGCUCAUGAAGCCACUGCUGGUUUUUGUCAAUCCAAAAAGUGGAGGGAAUCAGGGCACCAAGGUUCUCCAAAUGUUCAUGUGGUAUUUAAAUCCACGCCAGGUCUUUGAUCUCUCUCAGGAAGGGCCAAGAGAUGCGCUGGAACUGUACAGAAAAGUGCCAAACCUGCGGAUCCUGGCCUGUGGUGGGGAUGGGACGGUGGGCUGGAUCCUCUCCAUCCUUGAUGAGCUACAACUCAGCCCCCCACCUCCUGUGGCUGUCCUUCCGCUUGGCACUGGGAAUGACCUUGCCCGCACUCUCAACUGGGGUGGGGGUUACACAGAUGAGCCAGUGUCCAAGAUCCUGUGCCAUGUAGAAGAUGGGACCAUUGUCCAGCUGGACCGCUGGAAUCUCCAGGUUGAGCGUAACCCUGAUUUGCCACAGGAUGAGCUGGAGGAUGGGGCACGUAAGCUUCCUCUCAGUGUCUUCAAUAAUUACUUCAGCCUUGGAUUUGAUGCACAUGUUACACUGGAGUUCCAUGAAUCUAGAGAAGCAAAUCCAGAGAAAUUCAACAGCCGGUUUAGAAACAAAAUGUUUUAUGCAGGGGCAGCCUUUACAGACUUUUUGCAAAGAAGCUCAAGAGAUUUAUCCAAGCACGUUAAGGUUGUGUGUGAUGGUACAGACCUGACUCCAAAGAUCCAGGAGCUGAAGUUCCAGUGUAUAGUGUUUUUAAACAUACCCAGGUAUUGCGCUGGCACAAUGCCCUGGGGAAACCCUGGAGACCACAGAGACUUUGAGCCUCAACGCCAUGAUGAUGGCUACAUUGAAGUUAUUGGGUUCACCAUGGCCUCACUGGCUGCUCUGCAGGUUGGUGGUCAUGGAGAAAGGUUGCAUCAGUGCCGUGAGGUGACACUUUUAACAUACAAGUCUAUUCCCAUGCAAGUGGAUGGUGAACCAUGUCGAUUGGCUCCUUCACUCAUUCGAAUCUCCUUAAGGAAUCAAGCCAACAUGGUGCAGAAGAGCAAGAGGAGAACGUCCAUGCCUUUGUUGAAUGAUCCUCAUUCCAUCCCCGAUCGCCUGCGGAUCAGAGUGAACAAGAUAAAUUUACAAGAAUACGAGGGGCUACAUUAUGACAAGGAAAAACUCCGGGAAGCUUCCAUUCCCCUAGGAAUUAUAGUUGUAAGAGGAGAUUGUGACUUGGAGACCUGUCGUAUGUACAUUGACCGUCUACAAGAGGAUCUACAGUCGGUAACUUCUACUACACAGAGGGUUCAUUACCAGGACCAGGAAAGCUCCUUCCCCAGAGUACUUUCAGUUCAGAGGCUCUCUCCUAGAUGGUGCUUCCUAGAUGCAACUUCUGCUGAUCGUUUUUACCGCAUUGACAGAUCUCAGGAACAUUUGCACUUUGUGACAGAAAUUUCGCAGGACGAGAUUUUUAUUCUGGACCCAGAGCUGGUAAUGUCACAGCAGGUGGGGACACCACCGGGAAUGCCUGAUCUGGUAGUGGAGCAGGCCUCUGGAAUAUCAGAUCGGUGGAACCCUGCGGUUCGAAAGAGGAUGCUGAGCGACAGUGGCCUCGGCAAGAUUUCCCCACACUACGAGGUACCUGACAAACAAAAGGACGCCAGCCAGACACACAUGCUGCAGUCACCAGUCUCUUCAGAAGAUCAAGCACUUUUACAGGCAGUCAUAGCUGGUGAUCUGCUGAAGUUCAUAGAAUGCUGUAAAAAAGGAGCCAAUUUGUUAAUUCGAGGACCUGAUCACUGCUCCUUGCUGCACCAUGCUGCCAAGACUGGGCAUGGCGAGAUUGUGAAAUACAUCCUGGAGCAUGGUCCAUCUGAAUUACUGGAUAUGACAGACAGUGAAACGGGUGAGACAGCAUUACAUAAGGCAGCCUGCCAGCGCCAUCGAGCCAUCUGCCAGCUCCUGGUGGAUGCGGGAGCCUCUCUGAGAAAGACAGACUCCAAGGGUAAAACCCCUCGUGACAGGGCUCAGCAAGCUGGUGACCCAGAUCUAGCUGCCUACCUGGACAGUCGACAAAACUACCAAAUGGUUUCCCAUGAGGAUCUGGAGACAGCAGUUUGAUGCCUGAAAAUAUCAAAGAGGAUCCUUGGAAAUCACAAGGCUGCACCUGAGUCACUCGGGCAUCAUGUGAGGAAGAAGCUGAUGGAAUCAACAUGUCACUCACUGUCGUGGAAAAUACCUGAGGACAUGCCAUCAGUUUCUAAGGGCUACUGAGUCUUGCCACGGAACGGUUAGGUUCCAUGAGUUAGCCCAUGAUGGAUGAGGCGGGACACUCAAAGGUCUGUGGAAUCCAUGGGCCACGGAAAUUUACCUUUAUUGCUUCCAGCAAGUAGCAUGAACUUCUCCCAUGUUCAUCUGCACAAUUUAUUUAAAAAAAGAAAAAAAAAAAGGAAAAAAAAAAAAGUAAAGAGGAAAAGGGGUGUGGAGGAACCAAACUAACUGAGAUAUUAAAACAUCUAAUUAGGCCCUCCUCCAUCCCUACGGUUUCCUUCGUUCCUUUUAUUCUCCCAUUACCCCCACUUUUCAUCAUUUUAAUAGUACCUGUUAUCUCUGUGUUAAGUCUUCACAAAUGGUCAGGCAGAAUUAAAAAUCUGAGGAGCUCUGGAUGCCCUUAUGAAAACUCCAAUGUUUUUACCAGCUGCAUUCCCUCCCUUGCCAUCCUCUGGGAAGCUGUGUCGUCAGUGUUCAAUCACUGAGGAGUUUUCUCAGAACAAAACCUAACCUCCUUAUUGUUGCUGAGUAUAUGGUUAUGGUAUCUUCAUUCAUUUGCAUGGAAAAGAGUUAUAUGGGAUAUUGUAUGGCAGAGCAGAAAGUUAUCAGUAAGGUUUCCCACACCACCACUGAGUGUAUAAUGUCCAACGCAAUUCUGUUCAGGUUUUAGGCCUGCCUAAAAGUUGAUAGCUAUUUUUUCACUUUUGAAAAGAUGGAGUUUACACUGGGCAGAGGUCUGUGCAUGGUACAGGGGGUUCUGAUGGACUUACUUAUGGACCCAGUCCCCUUUGUGUAACGGCCAGAGGUAGGAAGGAGAUCAGCCUAGGUUUGCUGCUGUCAACAAACAAACGAGCACCGCCUGGUCCCAUUUGGAAAAGGAAAACCUUCUUUGGCUGAACCUGUAAGUUAUCUGAUUCCUCAAGAGAAGAAACUUUCAGAGAGGCUAUCCCACUGGAGAAGGACAAGCAGCAUCUCUUUGCCUCAUUAACCACUAUAGGCUUGGAAAUGUAAAGUUGCUUAGCUGCUCUAAAGGCCAGCUGUGUCUUCUGUACUCGUCUGUUCUCUGUCUUACCUCAGAGACUGUAAUCACACUGUAAUCACAAAAGACGGGGAAGAAAACAUGCAUACACAAAAUAUGCACUUUCAGUUUUUUCCCAUUCCUGGAAACAUUUAAGACCAGGUUGGAUGGGGCUCUGAGCAACCUGAUGUAGUUGAAGUUGUCCCUGCUCAUUGCAGGGGGUUGGACUAGAUCACCCUUGAAAGUCUCUUCCAGCCCAAACUAGUCUAUGGUUCAAUAACUAUAGAUAACUCAGCUGCCAGAAACAGUAGAGCUUCCACUUCCACUUUGUCUGACCAGUUCCCUGAAGACACUCACAGCCCACUUUUGACAUAAUUCUUGCAAUAGAUUAUUGAAUUUUGCUUUGUUGUUUGUUUUGAAAGAUCUACCGGUGUUUGUUUUCAUGCGCCUCGCUAGGUGUAGGUCUCUGGUAGAUGGUGAUCAUCAAGAUUACAUGCAGUUUGAAAACCAUGAAAAUAACUCAGGUCAUUAAUCAGAUAAGUUUUUCUUCCUCGGCAGACAUUGUGGAAAUUAAAUGAAUGCAAUCUUUUUUCUUUUUUUUUCUUUUUUUUU